AUGGGGAACCAAACUCGCGAGUUGUCGUUCCUUGAUGUAGAUGGCGCGACGGCUAUUGCGGUCCAGCGGUUCUGCAACAAUGGCCGAUCAUGUAAAUGGACGAAGCGUGAUUAUGGUCUAUGGGACUUAACUAAACUGAGAAAGGAAUUUAAAUCUAGAGUGGGAAAAGUAUCUGGAAGAAAGAAGGAUUCAAUCGAAAGGCUUGAAUUUUUUGACAGAAAUAAAGAUAUUGAACACGAAAAAUUGGAAAAUGAAUAUUCAAUGGAAAUUCCUAAUUAUGAUCUCUACAAAGACAUUAACACUGAUACCAAAUUUUCAUUACUGAAGUUAGAAUCUAUCCUGUGUUACCAUGAACAAUUUCAAAAGAAACUUGAUGACGACUGGAAAACCAAUCGUUUUCUGAGAAUAGCAUCUACUGACGGUUUAUAUUUUUUCAAAUCCGAAUGUCAUACAGAAAUGAAGAAGAAAGUUUCGUAUCACAUUGACAUAGAUGGUAUUAUAGCUGAAUCCCAGUGUGAGUGUGCUGCUGGAAAUGUACCCACUAUAUGUAAGGCAACUGAUAGAACAAACCUUGAAAAACUUCCAAGACUGAACCUUCCCAAGACAUACAAGCUGCUCCUCUUUGUUCCAGACUAUCCUUAG